AUGUCACCCCGGCGCACCACGUCCUCCCAGGCGGCGCGGGCCGACUACCAGCUUUCCGAUGAUGAGGGAGACGAGCUCUUCCUCUCCGACGGCGAGGACACCAAGCCCUCAAACCUGGAGACGAGCCAGAUCCUGAAAGGACAGCUUCAGGAGCCGCGAUACAAGACCGUCAACUUACGGCAACUGCACGAUCUCAUCCACACGGGCGGCGUCAACCUCGAGCCAGACUAUCAGCGAGAAGUCGUGUGGUCAAAGGACAAGCAGUCGGGCCUGAUCGAGUCGCUCUUCCUCAACUACUAUGUGCCGCCAGUCAUUUUCGCGGUCGACUACAACGAGGAGACGGGCGAGGAGGAGCGUGUGUGUAUCGACGGCAAGCAGCGAUGCACGUCGGUGCUCAACUUUUACGACGGCAAGAUUCCGUUCAAGUCGCCCAGCGGGCACAAGUUUUGGUACACUGCGCAUGGUGUGCGGGGCGGGCAGAUGCUGUCGCCGGCGCUGAAGCGCAAGUUUGACCAGAUCUCGCUCCAGGUCGUCGAGUACCCGAAUCCGACAAAGGAGGAGCAGCGCGAUAUUUUCCAGCGAGUCCAGCUCGGUAUGCCGCUCUCGUCAGCCGAAAGGCUGCAGGCGCUUGGCGGCGAGAUGUCGGCGUGGAUCCGCGACCUCGACAAGCGUUUCAUCAACGCCGACGACGGCUUUGUCGCAUACCUCGACAAGUUUGACGUCAAGCGUGCGCGCUCGUUCCAGAUUCUCACCGCGUUUGUGUACAUGGCCUACGACGGAAAGCGCAUCGUCCCGACGGCCAACUCGGAGGACAAGUUCCUCAACUCGGGCAUCGUUCCCGAGCAAGCGUUCAGGUGGAAGAUCGAAGCGGCGCUCACCAUUCUCCUCACCAUCGCUCGUGACUUCUACCAGUACUCCUUCGGCGUCGUCGAGCAGCGCGUGGCGCCCGUCGAGUUUUGGUUUUCGUGCCUCCUCGUCUACAAGCGCAUGACCGUGCUCUCCACAGUGAGGCUGGCGACCGAGAUUGGCGAGAUGCGAAGGUACAUCCGUGGCAAGUGGGUCGACAUUCGCGCCAACACCAACAUCCACAAGGAUCUGUACGAGUUCCUGGACAAGACUGUCCCCAACAAGCGCAUCAACGGCGAGAAGGCUGCGAUCGAGGAGCACCCCGAGCUCACGGCCAACAUGAGCCGCUGGGAUUGGGCUGGCCCAGCUCGUGCAGUCCUCCUCCGGGUGCGUCAUUCACAAAGUCACAAACUCAACCCCGCUCCCAACACCGCCCUCCCUUCCUCCGUCUUCUCACCACCUCCUCCCCUCCACCCCGGCCAAGGCUUCGUCGCACCCCAAAUGCCUGGCCCCUCUACGCACCCGCGUAGGAGACAGCGCACCCGCCAUGGCCACUCUUCCCGCGAGGACACACCCGAGGUCGACGAUCCCCAGACGCAGGCUACGUCCCAGCCUGCGACUGCCUCGGAACUAGUCCAGCAAGCGCAGGACGCAACGACGGAGCUGAAGGGCCUGCUGAAGAGCCAGACGCCGUGGUCGAAGGAUGCGUUCAACGUCCGCCAGCGCGCACGAAACGCAUACCUGUGCAUCCUGUUCCAGCACCCGCUGCACCCGCAAGCGCAGAGCAUCGAGCUCCUCUGGAUCAGCACGACAUACACCCUCAUCUCGGCGUACCGCGAUGCCGUUGCGCGCAUCGAGGCGACGCUCCCCGCACCUGGCUCCGGAGCAAGGGCAAACAAGGACGCCCUCUCCCACCUGCGCACAACGCUGAGCCGCUUCCGCCAGGCGCUCGUCAAGGAGGCGGCGUUCUACCACUCGCUCAUCACGCGAAUCGUCACCUUCCACAGGCUCCAGGACCGCACCGCGCCGUACUUAGCCGAAGUCAACAUUCCUGUCGGACCCGGGGAAGACGCAGAGGAUGACCCCUCGCUCGCGCCCCAUCUCAGCAAGGAGGAGCUCGACAAGAAGAUCGAUAUCGUCUACAAAGGGCUCAUCUGUCUCGGAGACCUCGAGCGGUACAAGGAGCAGUACUCGGACAAGGCGCGCAAGGAGCGUGACGGCGCACCUGCCAAGAACGGGCGCGAACCGGCAGAGCGCUUCAACAAGGCUAUCAUGUACUACGAGGUCGCGCGGGGGUUGCAGCCUGACAAUGCGAACCUGGAGCGAGUGCUGAAGAAGGUCUUUGACAAGUGGCGGUCGCAAAGGCAUGCUGCCAACGCUGCCGAGAAUGGGGAGCAGCCGGCUGCCGCGGCGGAGAAGGAGAGCCAGGAGGAGACAGACGUCUUCAAGCGCGACCUGCUGACGGUCGUGUCGAUCUUGUUCAUUCGGGCAGGCCACUUCAACGCGCUGUGCUCGCAGGUGGCUGUUGCGUUCGCGCGCCUCCUGCGCGAGCGCAAGCUGCUGUCCGAGACGAUUGUGAAGACGACCGCCAUGGCGAUUGGGUCGCACUGGCAAGCUCGGCUGGGCGCGAACUCGAGCGGGGGCGAGGGUGCCGAACGGCGGCACGUCGUGGAGAAUCUGUCGCUCAUCUUCCUCAUGAGCAUCUUCACGAGCCUCGUGGUAGUGGCAGCCGAGGAAGCGGAAGAGGCGCUGGCGCAGGUGAAUGCGGACGACUCGGCAGUGGUAGACGAGGACGAAGAGGUGCCGCUCGCACAGCGCAUCACAGCGGUCUUGAGGCGACUGUUACCAAGCCUGCGCAUCAUGUCGCGCUGGCUCAAGUCGCACAUCGAGUAUGUCGGGCGUCUGGCACCCGCCUCUCCCGAGGUCGCGCACAGCGUCACCAGCUUCUGGAGCUCGUACAAGCGGCUCAUGUUUGCGCUGGCGCAAGUGUUUCCACUGGCGCAGUUGCCAGAACUCGACCAGCCGCUCGAGGAAGACCGCGACAUGCGCGGCUUUGCGCCGCUCCGCGGUCAUCGCGCAGCUGCCAGCAACGACGAGGAGCUCCCGCCAAUUAACGGAGAAGUGCAUCCAAAUGAGGAGCAGCUGAUGCGCCUCGCCGAUUUGCUCGUGGACGUGAAGUUGCUUAUGCAGACGGACGUUGGGCUCCGCGCACUUAGCAACCUUGACCACCAGGCUUCGCAAGCCGUCGAAAUCCAGUCCCAGGCGGAGACGGAGGAUGACCCCGUCAACCUCGCUAUGCGGGCGAGCCUUGGCGCGGACGGGAUCAGCGUCGGUGCGGCCUCGGCGGACGAUGAUGACGAGGUCAUCCUAUGGGGCAACAGCACGAGCACGCCCGUCAUUCCCCCAGUAUCUGCAGCGACGACGGCACAAGGCCUACUGCAGUCGUUAACCCUUGCUCCCUCGCCGGGACCUGGUGAUCGGCGUCCUCCGUCCCUGCUGUUCGGAGGGAUGGACGGCGGCGGGCAGACGAUCUGGACGAUGUCUCGGGAAGAAAGCCAGAAGGGGAUGCAGCGAGCCCGCCAGCGCGACAGCGGACAGUGGGACACGCGUGCGAGCGGGUCCGGUCCUCCCGGGCAAUGGGAGUCGACCUCACGCCAAGCGAGCGGGCAGUGGGACGCGGGCGUGCGAUCUCGCCAAGCGAGUGGACAGUGGGAGGGCGGCUCGCGCCACGCGAGCGGACAGUGGGAGAGUGCGCCGAACAGCGCGCGGCCGAGCGGACAGUGGGACCGGGCAUGGGACGCCCCGAGUGUCCAUUCUGGGUCACGACAGGCGAGCGGGCAGUGGGAUUCUGCGCCCAACUCGGCCCGACCCAGCGGACAGUGGGAGCGCCCGACCUGGGAGGGACGACAGUGGAGUGACCCCCGCCCGCCGGGACUGCCGGGGCUGACGCCGCCGUCCCCACGCCGCCGGGCAUCACGCCUCCGCCGGGUGCGCCGCCAGGUUUCGGACAGCAGUACGGCUACCGCCCCGGGUCUGGGCAGGGCUUCGCUCCCCCCGGCCAAUCCUUCGGGGGACAGAGCGGCUUCAGCAGCGGCUCGGGGCAUUUGCGCAGCAACAGCAGCAGCAGCAGCAGCGUACGGCGAGUGGAGGCAGUGCAGGAGGGGGGCAGUGGUCGUACGCCCAGCGAGCGGGCAGUGGGAUUCUGCGCCCAACUCGGCCCGACCCAGCGGACAGUGGGAGCGCCCGACCUGGGAGGGACGACAGUGGAGUGACCCCCGCCCGCCGGGACUGCCGGGGCUGACGCCGCCCGUCCCCACGCCGCCGGGCAUCACGCCUCCGCCGGGUGCGCCGCCAGGUUUCGGACAGCAGUACGGCUACCGCCCCGGGUCUGGGCAGGGCUUCGCUCCCCCCGGCCAAUCCUUCGGGGGACAGAGCGGCUUCAGCAGCGGCUCGGGGCAGUACGCGGGCCCAAAUCAGUUCGGAGGCACCAGCGGCGGCGCACCGCGACCACCGCCCGGCCUCGCGCCCCCGCCGGGUUUGCAGAGCGGUCUGCAGAGCAGCCUCCAGAGCAGCCUCCAGAGCGGUUUGCAGAGCACCUGGUCCCAGUCCCCGCAACAGCCGACAGGCGGCUCUGGGUCGAUCUGGGGCCCUCCAGCUCCGGCCGGCGGCCCACAGAGGACGGAUAGUUGGAACGCGGCGCAGUUUGCGCAGCAACAGCAGCAGCAGCAGCAGCGUACGGCGAGUGGAGGCAGUGCAGGAGGGGGGCAGUGGUCGUACGCCCAGUGA